AAAACUAGAUAAGUCAGUUAGCAUAAGCAGCCAGCUUCCUUUCACGCUCACACACACACACACACACACACACACAAACCCAGUGGAUACUGAAUUGACAGCUUCCAGGAGGACCUGAACAGCAGAGCUGCUUAUCAGUAGGUUCUUUAUUUAAGUGACACCUGUGAGCGGCACAGAGGAAAACACGGGGGUCCAGAGGGUGAAGAAUCUGCAGAAAAGAAAAUGGCUCAAAGUUGCUUAAAAUUCCUGAAAUAUGCUCUGAUAACCUUCAAUUAUAUAUUCUGGCUCUGCGGGGGCAUCGUCCUGGCACUGGGUAUAUACCUCAUGAUGACCUCCAAUUACGGCUCCUUCCUGCCCAACCAGCCCUCCUUGAGUGUGGCCAACACUCUCAUCAUCACGGGGACCAUCGUCAUGGUGGUGUCCUUCCUGGGCUGUCUGGGGUCCCUCAAGGAGAACAAGUGCCUUCUCAUUACUUUCUUCAUCAUCCUGCUUAUCCUCAUGAUGGUAGAGAUUGCAAUGUCAAUCAUUCUCCUAAUCUAUGAAGAAAAGAUUGAUGGUUUUCUUUUGAAAGAGUUUGAGGCCAGCCUGCAAAAGUAUACACAUAGCAAUGCUACACAGGGCACUGAGGACUGGGACAUCAUACAGCAUAAGUUAAUGUGUUGUGGAGUUAAAGGACAAGAUGACUGGAAUGGAACAGUCCCAUUAGCCUGCUGCAAGGAGUCAAACUGUGCAAAUGGGAAGAUAUACUGGCAAGAGGGUUGCUAUGAAAAGCUGAAGCAGUGGUUCGAGUACAACUAUCUGAAUGUGGGAAUCGGCAUCAUUGUUAUAUCUAUUAUUCAGGUGCUGGGCAUGUCAUUUGCCAUGACUCUGUACUGUCACAUUUCCAAAUCCGGCAUCUCUUUCCAAUGAGCGAUGAAGAAGAAGAGUGUUAUCACUUCCCUCUUCUCCCCCUCCCCCCUCCCCGGGUACAGCCAGGCAGAAUGAAGAAAGCUUCCGUCCCUCCCUCACUUUUAAGGACUGGCUGCAGAGCCCUCGCUGCGUGGUGGAGUUACUCAUUAGGACUGUCACCUCCUCCAGACCGGCGCUUUCAAAAAGUGGGUUUACUCACAAUGAAAAUGUUUUUGUUCAAGUCCCCCUACCCAGGGCCAACAUAAUCUUCUCUCCCUUACCUGACAGAUCCUCAUUAUCAUUCCCUGGCUCGUUAUCAUUCCCUGGCUUGUUUGAAACCUUAACCCAAACGGAGACUAAUGAACACACAAUCACACGCAAUCGGCUGGUCAGAAGUCAUUUCAGAAGGGCAAUGAAAAUUAUUGUAAUGCAGGAACAGAGCCCCUCUUAAAUGCACGCGGUCAAACAGGCUGUUAAUCCAUAAGAAACAAGAACCAUUCUUUACUAAACCAAAUGUGCAAAUAAUACAGUUAAGAACAGUUACUGUAAAUUAAUUUUUUUAUAGGGGAAAUUAUAUGAAGAAUCAGCAGUAACUGGUACCACAGCAGAGUUCUAUCUUCUUAAUAUAACUUGAAAGAGAAGUUGUUCAGUUUGCUGAGCUCUGUAAAUAUUAUUACUUAUUUUGCUUGCAGUUCUAACUUACUAGGCAUACAUUCAACAUUAGUUAUUAGUAUAUUUGUCUGGCAUGGUUUCUCCAGUGUGAGAUACAUGCAGAGUUGGAGAUCUGCACAGACAGGUCGAAGGCAGCAAGUCUCUAGAAUGUUAAACUUGUAAAUUACAUUUGCACUAAUUAAGGUCAGGUGAAUAUGAUGAAUUUGGAACAGUCUCCCCACAAUACCUGAGUGGUGCUAAGACAGAUAAUAACAUGAUAGAAAUGGACAGAUUUGGGAAGCUGUGAAUGUGGGAACCUGUUCCCGGUGGGUGACCGUAGCGUGCUGUGUGUUGUGAAGCACAGUGGAUCCGUACAGGAUCCAGACCACUGCUGGGUUUAAUCUCAAUCAGACAUUCAACGGCAAGGUGCAAUACUGUAUAAGCAUACAAAACACACAACACAUCUCCUCCCAGGCACUGCACAUGCAGCCUGAGCUGAGAAGAGAAAGGUUUCCACAAGCAGGUAUUCUUGUGAUAAGAAACUCUUCUCCGUCUCUGCUCGCUUGUCUAAAAUUUGACGUUUUAACUAAAUAGCGCAUUGAGAAAUGGUGUUGCAAAAACACAAGAGGAACGUUGCCAAAGCCUUAUUGUCAAAACUUUGACAAUGGUCUAUUUUGCUUAUUUUUAUUUUGCACAGCUUUCUGCUUUGAGAGAACUGAUAACCUAGUGCCAAAAAAAGUUGAAAACUCUCCAAUGCUCUGCGGCAUACGCUUUGAAAGAUAUAUAUAUAUAAAAAAAGAAAGCCAACAAAUGAUACAGAUCAGUGUGGUUAAAUCCCGAAUGUGUACAUUAAUGAUAACUUGUUAUUUUGCUAUGAUGCUGCAAUAUGAAAUAUUAAUAAAUUAGCUGUAAAAUGAAA